GAAAUGUAAUGCAAAGUGUAAAACACAACAAUGGAAGUUCCGAAAUACUUGUUCAUCGCAGUGAUUGUCAUAUGCACAAGUGAUCCACUGAUACAGGCUAAUCCCAUAGCCAAAGCUGAUCCCACUCCCAAAACUAUAGCAACAGCUAAACCUAAACCUGUACCUGAAGCUGUAGCCAAAGCUAAACCUGAACCUGUAGCUAAAACUGCAGCCGAAGUGAAACUUAAACCUGUAUUUGAAGCUAUAGCCAAAGCUAAACCUGAAACUGCAGCUGAAGCGAAACUUAAACCUGUAUUUGAAGCUAUAGCCAAAGCUAAAUCUGAAAUUGCAGCCGAAGCAAAACCUGACCCUCUAACUGAAGCUGAAGCUGUAGCUGAAGCUGCAUCUGAAGCUGCAGCUGUAGCUGAAGCCCUAGUUAGGGCCCAAGCUUGUGCCAGGAGAAGAUUCUCGUCAACUUUACGAGUAUAUAUUUUUUAAUGAUCUCAUUCACUGAUUAAAAAUGUGUAUCGGUGCAGCACAAAGCGUGUAGCAUCGAUCGGAACAAUCCGAAGAAGCUACAUCUGGUGAAUACACAGAAGCUACAUCUGGUGCUACAAGACGUUCCAACCGAAAUUCAUUGUGAUGCUUUUUGUCUUAUUGUUAGAAGCAACGUGUGGCCUGGCGUUGUCGUGCCGCAAUUUCACAGGACGUUCUCAUUUGCUAGUAUAUGUAUAGUGUUUUCGUUCCAAUUCCUGACUCAAGCCGUUUAAUUGAUGUUGGUACAAGUCUGCAAUAAUUGUUUCAUUUCGUUCCAACAGCUCGUAAUAAAUCACGCCCUUGAUCAGGCCUUAUCGAGUCUCCAACUCUGCACUGUUUGUCAAAUUAAAAUCAUCUCUUUUAAAUCAAAAUGCGUAUAUCGUACAACACCUUUGCUGGAAAAAAAAAUAAGUCGACUCGCAGUUUUUGCAACAUUUUUUUCUUAUUGGAAUUCGUAAAAAAUACAAACUCUUAUCAUUUUUUUUAAUAGAAAUUGACUUUUUUUCAAGAUUAUGUUGCGCCUUCCGCUAAAUUGAUGCCAUUUUUAAUAGUUAUAUAUUGACAUUACAACUUCAAAAGAGCAAAAAUAUUAAAACUAAUUUUUAAAUAAACUUUUAACUGUAAAAAGAAUUUGGAUUAUUUAUUUGUAAUAUCUGUAUAUAUCCGUUACUUUUGCCCAACUAGAUUGACAAUAAAUAUAUAAAUAAUAUACUAUGCGUCGAUAUUGAAUAUCACUCUUUCUAAACUAAAACCGCCGAUUAUUUAAUAUAUUAUUUUUUUCCUUCUCAGAUGCUCAUGACCCUACCGUUCAUUCAGCAUGCAACAUGUUAAGAAAGAAUAUCAGUUAAGAAAAUAAGCAAUCAUAUCUCAACAUGCCUUUGCUACGUUAUAAAUAAUUAUGUCUAUGAAAUGUAAAUAAAUAAAUCUUAAAUAA